AUGAAUCCGAUCCUUGAAUCAUUCCUCUCGCUUCUCAUUCCGGCCGUCGUUCUGCUCCACCUGGCGUGGGCCCCCUACACCAAAGUUGAAGAAUCGUUCAACAUCCAGGCCGUUCACGACAUCCUCGUCCAUGGUGUCCCGACUGAAGAUGCCAAUGAUUUCUUUGCCGAGCACUAUGACCACGUUUCCUUUCCUGGCUCCGUCCCCCGCACUUUUGCUGGCGCAUUGGUGCUCGCCGGCUUGUCCAGACCAUUCGUGACAUGGCUGAGCUCGCCUCCCCAGGUGCAAUUGCUCGUUCGCGCAAUUCUCGGCCUACUCAAUGCAUUUGCCCUGCUUUCCUUCCGCAGGGCCGUAUGGAAAGUGUUCGGGAAGGCUGCCAGCAACUGGUUUGUCUUGUUCCAGGCAACUCAAUUCCAUCUAAUGUACUAUGCGUCCCGUACUCUGCCCAACAUGUACGCUUUUGCAAUGAGCACGCUCGCGUUGAGCUUCUACCUGCAAUCCCUCACCCUGCCUAACGGGGUGCUGUCGACCAAUAUGCUCCGCCUCUGCUUCUACCUCCUCACCAUCGCCGGCAUAGUUUUCCGCUCCGAGCUCGCCCUCCUCCUCAUUUGCCUCGUCCUCCACCAGCUCCUGCAGCGCGCCCCCACCUCCGGCUUCCUCCCCUUCCUCCGCUUCGUCAUCCCCUCCGGCCUCGCCGGCGCCUUCAUCGGCCUCCUCAUCACCGUUCCCAUCGACACGUACUUCUGGCGUACCUACCCCCGCCCCCUCUGGCCCGAAUGGUCCGCCUUCGCGUACAACACGCUCCAAGGCCACGCCUCGGACUGGGGCACUUCGCCCACGCACUACUACUUCCUCUCCGCGCUCCCCAAACUCCUCCUCAACCCCCUCACCUACACCCUCCUCCUCCCGCUCUCCCUCCUCAACGCCGCCACCCGCGGCCCGAGCGCCGCCCUCCUCGCCCCCUGCCUCGCCUUCGUCGCCAUCUACAGCGCCCUCCCGCACAAAGAGUGGCGCUUCAUCAUCUACGUCGUCCCCGCGCUCACCGCCUGCGCUUCCGCCAGCGCGGGCUGGAUCUCCACCCGCUACGCCAAGGCCCGCGCAUACCGCGUCGCGAGCUGGGUCCUACUGGCUUCCGUGGUGCUGUCGGGCGCCGUCUCCGCCGCGCUGCUCGCCGUCUCUGCGCAAAACUACCCCGGCGGCACGGCGCUCGUCCGGCUUCACAGCAUCGUCGCGUUCCAGGAAGACGCGCUCGGCGGGAACGAGCAGCAGCUCCAGCCCCGCGUGAGGGUGCACCUCGACAACCUCGCGUGCCAGACCGGCGUCACGCAUUUCCUCGAAAAAGGCGGACCGGGACUGCGCCACGCAGUAUCGUCGUCUUCGUCUUCCUCGCCGGAACGCGACGGCGAAUGGGCGCUGCGCGACGACGGCGGCAUCGAGUUCGUCCCGUACUCGCCCGCGGAAAAGGCGCGGCGCUCGUCGUCGUCAUCAUCUUCGUCCUCGGACCGCUGGGUCUACGAUAAAACGGACGAUCCUGACAUGCUACUCAACCCCAGCUUUUGGGCUGACUUUGACUAUGUGUUGGCGGAGCGCCCGGAGAAGGUCAUCGGCAAGUGGGAGGUCGUGGACGUGGUGUACGCUUUCGGCGGCAUCCGGAUCGUGCGGCCCGGCGAAAAGCUGGGGGAGGUUUUGGGCGGGGUAGAAGAGGGAUUGGGGCCAAGGAGUGAGAGUUUGAGACGGCUGGUCUUGGGCGUGGAUGAGAGGAAGACGGGCUGGUUUUGGGGGUGGGCGGAGGAGUGGGUGAGGGAGAGGAUUACGAGGGGAUGGUGGGUGGGCGUGAGGUUGGAGCCGAAGAUUAGAAUUUUGAAGAGGGUGGGGACGUUGUAG